UCCUUCGUAGAAAAAUAAUCGCGAAGAUGUCUACUUCAAACUCCGCCCACCGAAUUCUACUACGCAACAGAAAAAGACGGAGAGCAAUUAAUACAUGCUUUUGAGGCACAUCAUUUGUGAAUCACAGAUGAAAAGUAGACAAAAUUCGACAUGCUGCCUAUGAAUUCAGAAUAAAUCCUGUGAAAUUUUCUAUCAUUAAACUUUUGUCGAUGAGGCAUUUAAAUGUACAAAAGAUCAACGUCGUCGUGUGAAGCGUAGCUGCAAUAAUGGCAAUAAGCGUAAAAAGAAAUUCAUCGCUGCCUUGCCAUUGGCCGGAAUAUAGUUAACGAGAAGGAAAAUAUUCAACACAUGGAAAUAAGCUUGAAAAAUAAUUUCUCGAUUAUCAAGGAAAGAGUGUGAUUUUCAAAUGGAGCGUGCUCUAAAAACUGCACCUGCAGAUUUAAGAGUUAUAAUGGAGGCUCUUGUUCACGACUUGACCCUCGCACUCGAGGAGAGUAGCAACAGUGCUAACGUGAGACGUAGAUGGGGUAUCAGAAGAAGAGCUCGGUCUGCGGGAAAUUUGACGUCCCUAACUGCUAAUAAGCAUUCGGAUGAUAGUUCUUCCUCCAUCUGCGAUAUUCGCAUUCCAAAAAGUACUGCCAUAUCCAAAUAUCAGUCGGACAGUGAUGAUACCAACCAGACUAAAAGAUUCGCCAGAUUCUCAAACUUGAAAAAUAUAAACAACAUCGAAAGCGACUCUGUAAAUGAAAACUUUGCACCCAGAGCCAACACUAGGCGUAAAAGAAAAUUCAAGAGAAUGGCUGUUGACUCUGACUCCAAUCCAUCCACUUCGCAAACUUUCACCAUGAUUCCAAAUAUGGCAGGGAAAAAGAAGAGAGUGUUUCGAAACGACUGUGAAAAUAGAUACGGGACUAUAUGGUGUGGUAAACGCAAAAGAUCUUGCCGUGAGCGUUCUACUGAUUGUGAAAUGCGUUCCCCAAAGCCAAAUCGUAAUUCGAAAAUGAAAAGCCGUGGAAAAAUUCAAAGUGAAGACGGUAUGGAGUGCUCACGCAUUUCAAAUUCAAGCAUUUCAUCCAGUGAUUCGGAAGCUGGAAUAAUCACUAAUGAUGAAGAUAGAGAAGGUGACGACGAGCAAUCCGACUGGAUAGGAGAAUCUAGUUGGUGGGAUGAUGGAGAAAGUACAAACGAAGAAAAAGUUACUUCUGAUCCAGCACUGCAAGCGAUACUGCACGGCAGUUUCGAGCAUUUAUCGGAUGACGUGAAAAAGAAUUACAGACAAAGAAUGCAAUGGAUUCGAGAUGGACUGAGCGGUAGAGAAAUUCGUGCCGGACGACGUCGCGUGGAUAAUAAACCUGGCUAUUCUAUAAUAACUUCAGCGAAUGAAAAAGUAUCUAGGUUUUUACAGGAUCCUAGCCAAAGCGAGCUGAGGUUGCACCCGAUGCGACAGCCCGAACGUGAAAAAUUACGCAGACUUGCAAACUUAUAUAGCUUAAGUUUAAAGGGAGAUUUGAGCUGUCCAAUUUUAUACAAAACUCGGCAUACUACCCAGGCUAUCUGCGUAGAUCAAGUUUCGCUAAAUAGGUUAUCGGAUUACAAAAGACUGCGCAAGACACCACCAAACUCACCAAAUCCUGACUCCGAAAUGCAGGACGACGAGCCGCCAAUAUCUAAUUCAAAUUUUUCUGCACAAAUGACCAACCAAAUCGAAAAUAUUGGCACCGUAGAAAGUUUGGUGCAGACUGUAAACUUAGGUUGGGAUAUACCAAGUACAGAUGUCCAAAUGAAGCCAAAAUUUCACAACUUUGGACACUCAAAGUCCAGCUAAACAGCAAUAUCGUUCAAAUAACAUCAGAGACGAUUAUUUUUAUUUCUUUUUUUUUAGAUUUUAGUUCCAUCAACAUCACAAUUUAUCAUCAAUGUCGCUUUUAAAUUAUUACCAGUAGCUAUACGUGUACAUAAUAAUUCAAUUGCCACAGUCAGAUAAUUAUUUCGUCUUAAAAAAUUAAUUCAUAGUAUUUGGACUUACUGUGCAUAUUGUAUUUAAUUCUUAAAUACACUUCUAUAAAAUGAA